CUGGCGAAGAACAGAAGCAGAAUCAAAUGUCAUUGUUUUAUCAGCAAACCUCUAAAUUGAUCGAAAAUCGUAUUCGAUCUCCAUUCUCAUUUUCAAAUCCGCUAAUGAGAGAGGUUUAAGAGUUGCAAUCUCUCUCUCUCUCUCUGUCUCUGUCUCUCGCGAAAACGCCAAACAUUUUGAAAUCCCCAAAUAAGGGUUUAAGCAAAAACCCUACGAGUUCAUGCCCAAAUGCCCAAUCCCAAUCCGUAUCAGCUUCUUCAGCUAUUUCCUCAACGAAAGUCGACUCCUUUCGAGUAACCCAGUUAAGUUCUCUAUCCAUCUUCGUUUCUCUGCUUCUUCUGUUUCAGUUUCUCCAAACCCAUCAAUGGAAGUGGAGACUCCAUUGGAAGCUCCAAUCUCGGAGCAGAUGUUUAAAUCAGCUCCAAAAAUGGGUUCUUUCAAGUUAGGUGAUUCUACUUUAUCUUCAAUGAUUGAGAAUUACGCCAAUUUGGGUGAUUUUGCUUCGGUGGAGAAGCUUUUGAGUCGAAUUAGAUUAGAGAACAGAGUGAUUAUAGAGCGUAGUUUCAUUGUUGUGUUUAGAGCUUAUGGGAAAGCUCAUUUACCUGAGAAAGCUGUAGACUUGUUUCAUAGGAUGGUCGAUGAGUUUCGAUGUAAACGUAGUGUUAAGUCGUUUAACUCUGUGUUGAAUGUGAUUAUAAACGAGGGUCUUUAUCACCGAGGGUUGGAGUUUUAUGAUUAUGUUGUGAAUUCCAACAUGAACAUGAAUAUUUCUCCUAAUGGGUUGAGUUUUAAUUUGGUUAUUAAGGCUCUUUGUAAGUUGGGAUUUGUGGAUCGAGCUAUUGAGGUCUUCAGGGGAAUGCCUGAGAAAAAGUGUUUGCCUGAUGGGUAUACGUAUUGUACAUUGAUGGAUGGGUUGUGUAAGGAGGAAAGGAUUGAUGAAGCGGUUUUACUGUUGGAUGAGAUGCAGAGUGAAGGGUGUUCACCGAGCCCGGUAAUAUAUAAUGUGUUGAUUGAUGGAUUGUGCAAGAAAGGGGAUUUGUCACGGGUGACAAAGCUUGUGGAUAAUAUGUUUCUUAAGGGAUGUUUUCCUAAUGAGGUUACUUAUAAUACGCUUAUUCAUGGUCUAUGUCUUAAGGGUAAAUUGGAUAAAGCUGUUAGUCUCUUAGAACGGAUGGUGUCGAGCAAAUGUAUCCCAAAUGAUGUUACAUAUGGAACGCUGAUUAAUGGGUUGGUUAAGCAAAGACGAGCAAUGGACGGGGCUAGAUUGCUGAUCUCUAUGGAAGAAAGAGGGUAUCGUUUGAAUCAGCAUAUUUAUUCGGUCCUUAUAAGUGGGUUGUUUAAAGAGGGAAAAGCUGAAGAAGCUAUGACCUUGUGGAAGAAAAUGGCGGAGAAAGGUUGCCGGCCCAAUAUUGUUGUGUACAGUGCUGUUAUAGAUGGUUUAUGCCGAGAAGGGAAACCAAAUGAAGCUAAAGAAAUACUUAAUGGAAUGAUUAGUAGUGGCUGCUUGCCUAAUGUGUAUACGUAUAGCUCCUUGAUGAAAGGAUUCUUCAAAACUGGUCUUAGUGAAGAAGCGAUUCAAGUGUGGAGAGAGAUGGAUGAAACCGGAUGCUCUCGAAAUGAGUUUUGUUAUAGUGUUCUAAUCGAUGGUCUUUGUGGGGUUGGGAGAGUUAAGGAGGCUAUGAUGGUGUGGUCAAAGAUGCUCACUAUUGGGAUCAAACCGGAUACAGUUGCUUAUAGCUCAAUGAUAAAAGGUCUUUGUGGUAUUGGCUCAAUGGAUGCAGCAUUAAAACUUUACCAUGAGAUGUUAUGCCAAGAAGAACCCAAGUCACAACCUGAUGUUGUUACUUAUAAUAUACUUCUCGAUGGCUUAUGUAUGCAGAAAGAUGUCUCUAGAGCAGUUGAUCUCUUGAACUGUAUGUUAGAUAGAGGUUGUGAUCCCGAUGUUAUUACGUGUAACACCUUUUUGAAUACUUUGAGCGAGAAAUCAGAUUCUUGUGAAGAAGGGAGGAGUUUUCUAGAAGAGCUUGUUGCGAGGCUCUUAAAGCGUCAGAGAGUAUCAGGCGCUUGUAAGAUUGUGGAAGUAAUGCUGGGUAAGUAUCUAGCACCGAAGACCUCCACUUGGGCGAUGAUUGUUCCAGAGAUCUGUAAACCAAAGAAGAUCAAUGCCGCCAUUAAUAAAUGCUGGAGGAACCUGUGAACUUGAACAUAGAGCAAUUUUGUUCAGAUCCCGCAAUCCCGUUUCCACCUUAAAAGCCUCCAUGCUUGGGAACUUGUGCGCUUCUGGAGUUAUGGAAUACCAGAAAUGCGCUCGAAAAACAGCUUGAAUCAAAAUGAAAGUAUCUUCGAGGUCUGAUUGGUCUCUCUCCAUGGUUCAUGAUCUCGAGAUCCUAGGCAAAGAAAGGGAAGUCUGUGAAAAUGAUCCAUGGUUCAUAAGCAAUGCUCCAUAAGCCGAAGCUUAAAAUUCUUGUCGUGAUUCACUUACUUAUUUCUUACCUUGAAACUAUUAUAAAGACUUGUAUUUAUGGUAACAAUACAUUCCCUUUAAUAAAACUAGUAGGAAAAUUUUGUUA